AUCCCCGCGACAAACUUAAGCAAUACGCAAGGAAAAAGCCGGUUGACGGUCCCGCGCGGUCACCAUCACCUCAAUCUAACCGGUUAUCGCGUAAUAACAAAAUGUAUUAUACAUUUAGUGGAUUCACACAAAGACUGACGGGAGCCGCGUCAUCCUCUGCCUAUAGUCCUCAGGGCUUGAGGACAAACAUACCCUCGGAAUCCACCACCAUAAUCUUUGCCACCCCAACUAGAGUCGUAUCUCAGUCAGGUCCUGUGGUGGAGUAUAUGGGUGCCAACAAGGUUCCAGACCUCCAAAGAAUAUUCCAGGCAUCAGAUGAGAUUCCUGUCCAUCUGAAGCGAGGUGUUCCAGACAGACUCCUGUACAGGACCACCAUGGCUCUGACAGUCGGAGGAGCUCUCUAUUGUCUUGUUGCACUUUAUAUUGCAGCACAACCCAAAAAUAAGUGAACUGUACCCAGCUUGUUUUCAUAGACUCACCUCAUCAUCAUCUAGGAAAUAUUAAUAUUUGUGAGAUGUUAUUUAUUCUAUUUAUAAUGAGCAUUAGGAAGGCCUCUCCGUCUGCCUCCUAUCCACAGUCAUUUGUCAAAAUGAAUGCUUCUGCUGACAUAAAAGAAGUGAUACUAUUGAGUGCUAGCUGUAUUUUUUAAAAGAUCAAAAAAUGUAUAAUUGCUGGUGUCGGAAAGAGCUAUAGUUAGUAAAUGUCUAAUUUAUUACUAUUAAUACCAGUUAUGCCUCUUGCGCUCAGGGUGGUUCACGACAGAUGUGGGAAGUGAUGUUUUUGGUAGGGCUGUGAAAUAGAGGGUGAGACCUGACACACUUCAUCAGUGUUGAUUGGUGCUGUUAUGUAAUGUUCUCAUAGAGAAUCCCAAGAAAGAAUGUAAAAAAUGUAUGUUAUAGAUGGACAUGUGUUGAUGGUAUGCAGAGCUGGAAUUGAGAGGAUUACAUAAAUAUGAAGCAAUAUUUAAGAGAAUCAAAGACUGAAUGCAUCUGAUGUUAUGCAAAUAUAUGGCACUGUAUGUGAUAUCAUAUUACAUAAUAUGAUCAUUUCACAGUCGUGAUUAGUAUUAUCCCAGAAGGAAUGUUGCUGUAGCACCACAUCCCUAAAAUGUAUGUGUGGAUCUGCUGGUUUUUGAAACCAGUCAUUUAUUCAUUUGUUUUUCCUUCAAUCUCUCAUCAUGUACAUCUUUUAACUAAAGUAAUACACAAACAAA